GUCUGAUUGUUUGAGUUUAAUUCCCCGUGAUGGAUGCCGAACUGUGGAAAAGAGAGCUGAAUUUUGGACUAAACUAGAAUUAAUUAAUGAGGCUAUUCAACAAACAAUUCGUCAUGCUAAUGAAUGGGAUAUUCAACAUGCGAGUCAAUUUCAAUCAUGCUCAAAUAUAUAAGAAGAAAUUUAAAAAGAAAAAAAAUUUUUUAUAAAAAAAUAUUUUUUGUUUUUUGUGUUUCUUGUCCCCCUGAAUGUCGCGAAAGGCGACUUAUCUUUUUACCAUUUUGUCUCCUGUCCUUUUUAUCAAAAAUAUCUAUUUUUAAUUUUUUCCCUUUUUCAUGCUUAUUCAUAAAAAACGCUUACAUUCUCAAAUUCUUUAAAAUUCACUUUGUACUUUUGUGA